GUACACACUGCCAAUGAAGACCAGAGUGGAUAUUAACGUUACAAGCAAUCACAGAGGAAUAACAUCCCGCUCCAGCUUCACUAAAGGGAAUACCUGCUUUUAGGCUCAAUUACAAAUCACCGGGAUUAAGCGACAUCAUAUUGCAGCUGUAAGUUAUUUUAUUUUAUUAUUGCAUGCACAAGGCUACGUAGAAACGUUGUGUUUGUGCUAGUGCUCUUUGUACAUAUUUACAGCAGAUAUACUUGUAAUUUAUAGUAUAGGCUAUUUUCUAUUCAAUUGACUGGGAUUUGGUUUUCCAUGUGUGCAGCAGCGUGCGUGGUCAUUGGGCAUAUAUAUCCCACAUAUUUUGACAGAUUUUAUUUACACUGACAGGAGGCUAGAACUCGAGGUGCGCUCAUUUGUGAAUUUAACGAGAAGUGGAACAAUGCAGUUAUAAUUAAUGCAACAUUGCACUAGUAUAUUUAUGACUUUUUAAAAGUUCUAGUUAAAAUAUAAAGUUGCAAGUUUUAGUAGGUCAAGGUUGCAACACUAAUUUAGAGGCACUGUAAUGCAUUGGUCAAAAUAUGCAUGCACUUGUUCAGUGCACGACUAAAGUUUGCGUGGUUGAAUACGUCUGUUAGUUCUUUUGAAGAGCUUCUAAAGAACCCGCUCCCUUUAACCUCGAAUGCAACAUAAAUAGCGAUAUAGCAUCAGGUGGUGGAAAAAGUACCCAAUUGUCAUACUUGAGUAAAAGUAAAGAUACCUUAAUAGAAAAUGACCCAAGUAAAAGUCAGUCACCCAGUAAAAUACUACUUGAGUAAAAGUCUAAAAGUAUUUGGUUUUAAAUAUACUUAAAUAUCAAAAGUAAAUGUAAUUGAUCAAAUAUACUUAAGUAUCAAAAGUAAAAGUACAAGUAUAAAUAAUUUCAAAUUCCUUAUAUUAAGCAAACCAGAUGGCACCAUUUUCUUGUUUUUAUUUAUUUAUUUAUGAAUAGCCAGGGGCACACUCCAAGGGAUGUAGCUCAGUUGGUAGAGCAUGGCGUUUGCAACGCCAGGGUUGUGGGUUCGAUUCCCACGGGGGGCCAGUAUUAAAAAUAAAGUAAUGUAUGCACUCACUAACUGUAAGUCGCUCUGGAUAAGAGCGUCCGCUAAAUGACGUAAAAUUUAAACACUCAUUCACAUCAUUUACAAAUGUGUUUAGUGAGUCUGCCAGGUCAGAGACAGUAGGGAUGAUCAGGGAUGUUCUCUUGAUAAAUGUGUGAAUUUGACAAUUUUCCUGUCCUGCUAAGCAUUCGAAAUCGAACAGGGAAAAUGUAUGGAGUAAAAAGUACAUUAUUUUCUUAAGAAAUGUAGUAAAGUAAAAGUAAAAGUAGUGAAAAAUAUAAAUAUUAAAGAUACCCCAAAAAACGACUUAAGUCAAGUACUUUACACCACUGUAUAGCAUAACCUUUCAGCUGCUUGAAUAAGAUAAUUAAAACACGUUUAAAUAAUUUUAAUGUAGUUCUAAAAUGCACAUUAUAGACAUACUAGAAGUACUGCUCUCUUUCACUUUCUCUUUGCACAGAUUUCCAGUAAUUUGCCAGUUGUUGGCAAUGGUCAUAGUCGCUACAUCACAUUUCCUGGUCAUGAACUUCACUGAGCGCACUAAACAUCUGCACUAACUGAGCAGGGUAGUGGGUGGGAGUGACAUGCUUGUACAUCUAAAUACCAUGUGUCUAAAACUAAGCUUAUCUCUUCUCCUUGAUCUCCCAGGAACCAUGCCUGUGUCUAGGAUGAGAAUGAGGCCUUGGCUGGAGGAUAAGAUUGAGUCCAACUCCAUCAGUGGUUUGGUGUGGGUGGACAAGGUAAUACUUUCCUGCUCGUCAAACUCAUCUAAUGCUUUUUUUAGACAAUACUCCCUGAAACACUGCAGUGGGACACUGUCAUUGUAAGAAGAGAACUCAGUCGAGACAUUGACAUCUCAAAACAUAUUUAGUACUAUUACCCAUGAACAGGACUACUCAAAACUAGGCAUGUACAGGAGAAGCUGGGGUGAGAGAUAGGAGGCGCUAAUUUGAAACCCAUUUCUUUGUGGUUUUGUCCAGGACAAGAAGAUUUUCUCCAUCCCAUGGAAGCAUGCUGCACGUCACGGAUGGGACCUGAACAAGGAUGCCUGUCUAUUCAAGCAAUGGGCUAUGCACACAGGUGAGAAAAUGACACGUAACUAGACUACCUACUCUCAUAAUAAUGGACUUUCACCUAGAUUAACAAUAUGCACUUCAGCACCUCAGGGUUUUUCAAUAUACUUUCUGCAUCAUAAUAACAAUGAUAUUACUUGUCUGUUGAUGCAGGGAAAUUCAUACAAGGCGAGACUACACCAGACCCUAAGACAUGGAAGGCUAAUUUCCGCUGUGCAAUGAACUCCCUUCCUGACAUCAAGGAGGUGAAAGACAAGAGCAUCAACAGAGGGUCUGGAGCGGUGCGCGUUUACAGAAUGCUGAACGUCUGCACAAAGCCAAAUAACAAGAGGUCAAAAGCAAAGGAUGCAAAGAAUAACAACAAGGUAAGGUUAUAUUACUUUUGAACUGCAACCCUCUUUAGAAUCCCUUUAUCAUCACAUGUAGUACUGUUUUCCCUCUGCUGAAUAAAGACCGGUGCAUGUGUAUUUAGCUGGCUGUAUAAAGACCAGUGUCAACAGAGAUGAAUAUUACAAUCUUAUUUCAUGUUUUGCUGUUUUCUCUUCUAGGGGUUAAACAUCAAGACAGAGGAAAUGGACUACAGUGAAACCCAUUGCCCAGAGGACCGCAACACCAACACACACCUGCAGGAGGUCAGAAUGACACAGGAGAGCACAGUCGACAGCACAGUCGACAGCACAUACAACCUAGGUGAGACCAUCACAGCAGCGUCAUAUCUUGAUGGCUCUGUCAAUGAUUACCAGACUCUGAUAUACAAACGCUGCAGAAUUUACAUUAAACAUUGUCCCAACAAAAGAAACAAAGGACAAGAGACUAUGAAUUCACUGAUUCGUUCACAAAACUGCAUGUGAGAUGUGACUGAACGUGAGGAUUCAAAUGAAUGGUUGUCCUUAUGGUUUUCUUUGUCUUUUCUAUUAAGGUUUUACAAAGUACGACCCUGAUGUUACAGACUUUCCCACCUCUGUGGAAAUGGGCCCAGACAGCACCAAUGCUGAUGUUCCAGACUUUUCCACCUCUGUGGAAAUAGGCCCAGAAGGCACCAACGAAUACUACCCGUCUUUCCAAGUGUCACCGGAUCACUCCACAGGUAAGAUUAAGCUUGCUUGAUGCUUGGGUUUGAUUCAACUCUUUGUGUUUCAGUGUUGGCUGCAAAUAUAAUUGAGGUUUGCACAGCAAUGCUCAUGUCAAUUUUCCUUCUUCAACUUUACAGACUAUGAAGAGAGUCUAGAUAUGAAUGAAGAAACCCUUAUUGAGGUAAGUUUGUCUCUACCAGUACACGUUCAGUGUGCUUUUUUCAUUAUCAGGAAUACCCAUGUUUACCAGAUAUUCUGCAUUGAAUACAAAAAAUUAUAACACAGUUAAACCAAGCAAAAAUGCAACCAGGCUUAUCCCCUGUGUUUUGCUCUUUCAGAUUGCACAGCAUUGGGAGCAAUUGGAGCAAUUGGAGCAAUUGGAGCAGCAAGACAGUGUAAACAUCAAGGGUUUCCUGAGCAAUGAAGUAGCCACAGCAGAGUCAUACAACACAGCAGAGUCUAAUCACAGUCCAGAGAGCCAAUGGAGUGAUAACUCAGGUAAAUGAUGCUAGAGGGAAUCAGGCUGUUUGUUAUACUGUACUAUUCAACAGCAGGAUUUCAUCAUGUCUGCAUGUAUUGUCUUUGUGUAACAUUUGCUAGUCAAAAUUAAAGACUACAACAGGAAAAUAAAACUCUGAUGGAAUCCAAGGGCCUUUAGAAACAGAUUUGUAAAAAUAAAAUAAAAAUGAAAAACGUUCAUUUGUAAAACGCUGAGUCAGACGAUUGAGGAACGUAUUUCAGUCAAUAGUAUUUCCUUCUCAUAUGCAUAAGGUGUGAAACAUGAUAAUGCAUGUAAGGUAAACAGAUGGCAGGGACAAGAACUGAAUGAUCACACCGGAGCCUAAGCUUCCCUAUUUAAUUUUUUCAUUACAUCAGAAUCCUCUAACACGGCUGCUCUCAACAUUGCACAACAUAAGAGGUAAUCUGUAACUUCAUUCAGCUGUGUUUCUCUUGCAUCACUGACCGGCUUUGUUUUGUUUUGUUUGUCUUAUAGGGUCAGAAAUAGAGCUGCGGUUAUACACAGAACUGAGCCCAGGACAACCAAUGGCUGAAGAUCUCCUCUCUUAUACUGACCACUGGGCCCUGAACAACACACUGAACAACAACAUGACCAGUUAUCUCCAACAGAUCUCCUGCCCACUC